GACCGUGACCCGGAAGCCUUCUGGGCCAACAUGGCGGCGCCCAGCAGCGACACGGAGCCGGCCUGGGGUCCUCGGCCUGCUGCCUGAGCAGAUGGGAUAGUUGACUCAGAAGUUAAGGCUCUCGCUCGAGGUCACACAGCAAGUUGUCAUUGAGACGGGAAUUGGAAUCUGCGUCUGGCUGUUUCUUCGAGGGACCCUGAAUCCUGGCAGCCAGCCUCAGAGUCCAGGUGGCUGUCCAACCGGCGGAGGUAUGAGCUGGGUGCAAGCCAUCCUUCUGGCCCGAGGCCUCUCAAGGGGCUGGGGAGGCAUCUGUGGGGCUGCCCUCACUGGAGCCCCCUUCUCUCAGGUGCUCCCCCAGGCCUUGCGGGGCCUCCACUGUAGUACAGCCACCCACAACUCUGAAAUGUCACUGGUUCCUCAUCCACCUGAGCCCCCGAAGAAGCCCAUUAAGGCCCCGGCGCCCCAUGAGGAGCUGUUUAGGCAGGAACCAGGUGGGGAGCGAGACAAAGCAAGCUUCGUGCGGGCUGUGCAGAAUUUUGGGCAGUACAAUGUGCGCAAGCGUGGCCACGUUGACUUCAUCUACCUGGCCCUGCGUAAGAUGCGGGAGUAUGGCGUUGAACGGGAUCUGACCGUCUACAACCUUCUCCUGGACAUCUUCCCCAAGGAGGUCUUCCGGCCUCGCAGCGUUAUCCAGCGCAUCUUCCUCCACUAUCCUCGGCAGCAGGAGUGUGGGAUUGCUGUCCUGGAGCAGAUGGAGAAUCACGGAGUGAUGCCCAACAAAGAGACAGAGUUUCUGCUGAUCCAGAUAUUUGGACGUAAAAGCUACCCCAUGCUCAAGUACCUGCGUAUGCGGCUAUGGCUCACCCGCUUCAAGAACAUCAAUCCCUUCCCUGUGCCCCGUGACCUGCCCCAGGACCCCGUGGACCUGGCUAAGCUGGGCCUGCGGCACAUAGAACCUGACCUCAGUGCCAGGAUCACAGUAUACCAGAUGCCUUUGUCUGAUGAUUUGACAGGUACAGAAGAUCCCAUCCAGCCACACAUCGUAGGUAUCCAGAGUCCCGAUCAGCAAGCAGCUCUGGCCCACCAUAACCCAGCACGGCCUGUCUUCGUUGAGGGUCCCUUCUCCCUGUGGCUCCGCAGCAAGUGUGUGUAUUACCACAUCCUCAGAGCUGACUUGCUGCCCCCUGAAGAGAGGAAAGUGGAAAAGAUUCCAGAGGAAUGGAACCUCUACUACCCAAUGCAACUGGACCUGGACUAUGGAAGAAGUGGCUGGGAUGACUAUGAAUUUGACAUUGAUGAAGUGGAAGAAGGACCCAUCUUCGCCAUGUGCAUGGCAGGUGCUCACGACCAGGCGACACUAGCCAAGUGGAUACAGGGCCUGCAGGAGACUAAUCCAGCCCUGGCCCAGAUUCCAGUGAUCUUUCGCCUGGCAGGGUCCACAGGGGAGCUCUUGACAUCUUCAGGGCUGGAAGAGCCACCCCGGCCCCUGUGCGAGGUCCAGGAGGAAGAUGAUGAUCACCGGAAGCAACAGCAGCAGGGCCGGAGUUGAGUGUGAGCGGGCAGUAGGGCACAGGCAGAAGACUGGUGCGAAAGCACAAGAUGACCUUUGAGUGUACAGCAAAUAAAAGUUUUCCUGCUUGGG